GAAAGAAAAAAUCGCCAGCAGCCGCUGUGCACACACGGCCACAAACACCCACACGCGGACACACACAGGCCCAUGCCACGGGCGAAGAAGAGGAAGCUCGGCCGUGGGUCGGAUGGGCGGAUAGUUUCGAAGGCCCCGGCACAGCAACAUGAUCCUCCGGCGUCUGCCGCCGAUGUGCCUUCCGUUGGGGACGCGCCCGACGACAGCAACGCUUGUGGCGGCAGCGCUUCUUCUAUGGAUGAAGAUGAGGAAGGGGCUGCGGCAAACGACGAAGAGUGGUGCGAUAAGGAACCCAGCAGGAACCACAGCAGUGGUGGGGGUCAGUCGAUACUGAGGUUCGCAGGGCGUGCUGUGGUAUCCGCAGCUCGCUCGGCAACAAACAAGCGCGGCGAGAAAAACAAAACGCGCCGUGUUUUCUCUCUGACGAAGCCAGCAAUCCCGCCGCCGAAAAGCAGCUUUGGGGCGCCAAGUCGUGGGCUUGGCCAACACCAUGGGGAUGUUUCUGGAGCGUGCGCGACGGCAGCAGAUUAUUGUUGUUUGUUGUUUUUCUGGCCCUUCCGUGGAGUUGACUGUAUCUGGCCAGUAUUUUUCUGACCCUUCACGCAGAUGUUGCAUGUGUAUUUUUUCCGGAGAAGUUCGUACCUGUUCCCGUGUGGUGUAGACACAGCAAACAUUGCAGCAGCUGCAGUGGAGAUGUUUGUUUGCAGAAAUUUAAUGGCGUGUAGGUGGUCUCUGUAACAUUUGUACAGCAGUGGGUAGUGGUGUUCAGGGGGUCCCGUGAUGUCAUGAGAGGGUACGGGGGGUACUUGAGGGGCACCGUGGAUCAUUUUCAUUUUCUCCGAAAAUGUUGCAUUUUCACCAAAUUCAAAAAACGCCUCGGAUAUCGACGUAACUCGAUGAGGCCGUCACGACCAACGCUGUGUCACGUUCCAAUUCUUUUUUUUUCCACCCAAAACUGAAUUGGACAAAUUGUUGUGCACGGACCACACAUACAUGCGUACCUCCUCGAUGUACGAGGCUUCACAGCAGUUUGCCGUUUUUUUUCUGAAAAGUCCAUGGGGUGUAUUUCUUAUCGGAACACUAGAUUCUUGAUUCGGCAUGAACAUUACGAACUUCGAGUUUGUCAGCAUCGUUCGUUACGCAUCGUCCCCCUUACCUUUUAUUGCCAAACAUAACUCGAUUCCAUUUUCCGUUUUCACGCAACAGGUCGUUCCUUCUCCCUUUUUAUGGCUGCCUCAACCUCUCACAUAUUUCUCUCUCCCUCUUUCACUCUCAAAGCUCCUUCGGCCAGGAUGAGGCCCUCUUCUACCAUGACGCUUCUUGCCGCGGCCUCCGGAGCCUUCCUGGCGAGCGUGCCGGGUGUCGAUGGCGUUAAGGCUAUCUUCGAUUUGCGAACCGGGGACGACUACGAGAGCGACAACAACUGCGGUAAGACGUGUGGUUCGGUAGGCUCUCGUCAUUUUGUUUGUGCCGUAGGCCGGUGGGAUUGAACAUGACCUUGUGUGCCCUCAAUUGGUGCCGUGCUUGGCAGCGUUGCUCUUGGGCAUUCAUAGAAUUGCUGGAAAAUGUGUCCCGGAAUUCGUGUUCUCCAAUCUUCGCUCGCACCGCGUAAAAUACUCGGAAAUUCUCGUCCUGCCGCUACACCAAAUAAUACCCCCUCCCCGUCACGUCUC